GACAGGCUCACGAUGACGGCAUUCUUCAAACCGUACUUACAAGACGAAAAGCAAGCACUAUUCUCCAGUAGUUCUCAAAACUCGUCUAGUUGAUGUCGGUGACAUGACUAUCAUGGAUGAAACCGCUGAUCUUCUUAAUGGGCUCACUAUCGAAGAAGAGCCUGAGGAUGACAUCGAUAAUGCGUCGCUUGUUCAUGAAAGUAUGGACUUAGAUGAACAAGACUCGCUGGCCACGCCGAUGAACAGUCCUCAGAGACAGACGCACAAUCGCUACAAUUCCGCGCAAACACCACUGCCAGAACAGACUCCUACUCCUCAUAUUCAGCGCACCCCUCUUGCUGAUAUCUCUAUGGAUGCCACACCCGUUCCGCGCAAAGUAGUAAAGCUCGCCCUAACUUCCCCCGAAGCUCCAAAUUCUGGCGUGGAACGUUACUCCUCACCAGUGACAGCGGUCCGCGCAAGUCACGCUACCUUGGCACCGACUGGCUCACCACUAGCUUCUGUGAUCAAUGCAAUCAACUUCACAGAUCAAAAUGUGCCAUCGGUAGGGCGCAUUCCUGAACAUGCCACUCCUACCAUCGUCGUAUCGAGAGAAGGAAACUUAGGUUCAUCUACGGCACAACUGUCACCGUCACCGUCGACUGCUCUCCUCACGCACACACACCUCUCAGAAUUAACGCUGACUUCAUCUGACGCGCCAUUGUCGCCUCCUUCCAAAGAUCAGACCCAGUCAUCUCCUUCGCACGACACAUUAACUGUCCCACCCGCACGUCCCCGUUUACGUGCUCGAGCAAGCACAACAUCUUCGCCAUCAUUUAAUCCGCGCAGAAACUCUGUGGAUCUUCACUCUUCGUUCAACCUCCAACUAAAUUGCCCUGACGCGUCUUUCGAUCUUCUAAAUGACAGGAUCUCAUUCUUCGGCGGUGAUGCUUUUGCGAUUGACACCGAUGAUUUCGACAUGCAAGCCGAGGAAGAGAUAAUGGAGGCCCUCGCCAAACGAAUCAGGGAGAAGAACGCAGUGACUACGCUUGCAGACGUUGCUGGCUCUCCAGCAGCCACAAUCUGGGUCUAGUCCAACACCACAACCAUCACCUCCGGUUGUUGUUGCGAAUGGUG